AUGGACCCCACUCUUUUUCUCAACAACACCAGUAGCGGUUUGUGCUCUCCAGCCAUCAUAUCUUCCCUGAUAUGUUUACUUAUAGGAACCUUAGCAUCGGUUACUUUGUGUGGUAACUUGCUUGUGAUAAUCUCCAUUGUUUACUUCAAACAGCUCCAGACUCCCACAAACACACUGGUGCUGUCUCUGGCUGUGGCAGAUCUUCUCGUGGGAGCUGUGGUUUUACCUUUUAGCCUUGUUAUAGCUACAAAUUCAUGCUCGCAAAUUGAAUAUUUACUUUGUGUCAUCCGGGGAGCUUUUGAUAUAACCCUUUGUGCAUCGUCUAUUUUAAGUUUGUGUUCUAUUUCUAUUGACCGUUACUUAGCUGUGUGUCAGCCUUUACGCUACAAAAACAUAGUCACCUUUAAUGUCUCUCUGAUCAUGAUUGUUGUGGUAUGGACUGUUUCGAGUGUAUGUGGGAUUGUAAUGACGGUUACAUGGAAAGCUGAAGGAGAAUGUUCAAUUAUGAAGGGUUUCAAAACAGCAGUAAUCGCAUCUUUUUUAAGCUUCUGUACUCCUGUGAUUAUAAUGGUAAUACUUUAUGCUAAGAUUUUUUAUGUUGCUUGGAAACAGGUCAAAAACAUCAAUUGCAUUCAUGUGGGCAAAGGAGUCGGUAAGAUGGAGAGAAAGGCCACCCGCACUCUUAUGAUUGUAAUGGGAGUAUUUAUUAUCUGCUGGACUCCGUUUGUGUUAUUAAUAACAGCAAUGCCUUUUGUGGAGAUAGAUGAGCCUUCCAUAGUAUUGGGGUUCAAGUGGCUGGGCUGGUCAAACUCUAUGCUCAAUCCUUUUAUUUAUGCUGUCUUUUAUAGCUGGUUCAGAUCUGCUUUCAAACUAAUUCUAAAUGGGAAAAUAUUCAAAGGGGAUUUUACAAAUGCCAAACUUGUGUAA